AUUUGAUGACCAUGACUCUGGAGACAAGACUGUCAUUCAAAAACCCCAUACUGUGAAUGGCCACAACUGUGAGAGAACUACACCAAUUGACCAUGAUUGAAGACAAUAAGGAAAAUAAAGACCAUUCCUUAGAAAGAGGAAGAGCAACUCUCAUUUUUUCCUUAAAGAAUGAAGUUGGUGGACUUAUAAAAGCACUGAAAAUCUUCCAGGAGAAGCAUGUGAACCUGUUACAUAUUGAGUCCCGAAAAUCAAAGAGAAGAAACUCAGAAUUUGAGAUUUUUGUUGACUGUGAUAUCAACAGAGAACAAUUGAAUGAUAUUUUUCAUCUGUUGAAGUCCCAUACUAACGUUCUCUCUGUGAAUCCACCAGACAGUUUUACUGUGAAGGAAAAUGGUAUGGAAACUGUUCCUUGGUUUCCAAAGAAGAUUUCUGACCUGGACCAUUGUGCCAACAGAGUUCUGAUGUAUGGUUCUGAACUGGAUGCAGAUCAUCCUGGCUUCAAAGACAAUGUCUACCGUAAAAGACGGAAGUAUUUUGCAGACUUGGCUAUGAACUAUAAACAUGGAGACCCCAUUCCCAAGGUUGAAUUCACUGAAGAGGAGAUUAAGACCUGGGGAACUGUGUUCCAAGAGCUCAACAAACUUUACCCAACCCAUGCCUGCAGAGAGUAUCUCAAAAACUUACCUUUGCUUUCUAAAUAUUGUGGGUACCGGGAAGAUAAUAUCCCACAAUUGGAAGAUGUCUCAAACUUUUUAAAAGAGCGCACGGGUUUUUCCAUCCGUCCCGUGGCUGGUUACUUAUCACCAAGAGAUUUCUUAUCAGGUUUAGCCUUCCGGGUUUUUCACUGCACACAGUAUGUGAGACACAGUUCAGACCCUCUCUAUACCCCAGAGCCAGAUACUUGCCAUGAACUCUUAGGUCACGUCCCCCUUUUGGCUGAACCUAGUUUUGCGCAAUUCUCCCAGGAAAUUGGCCUGGCUUCCCUUGGAGCUUCAGAGGAGGCUGUUCAAAAACUGGCAACGUGCUACUUUUUCACUGUGGAGUUUGGUCUCUGUAAACAAGAUGGGCAAUUGCGAGUCUUUGGUGCUGGAUUACUUUCUUCUAUCAGUGAACUUAAGCAUUCACUUUCUGGACAUGCCAAAGUAAAGCCCUUUGAUCCCAAGAUUACCUGCAAACAGGAGUGUCUCAUCACAACUUUUCAGGAUGUCUACUUUGUAUCUGAAAGCUUUGAAGAUGCAAAGGAGAAGAUGAGAGAAUUUACCAAAACAAUUAAGCGUCCAUUUGGAGUGAAGUAUAAUCCAUACACACGGAGUAUUCAGAUCUUGAAAGACACCAAGAGCAUAACCAGCGCCAUGAAUGAGCUGCAGCAUGAUCUCGAUGUCGUCAGUGAUGCCCUUGCGAAGGUCAGCAGACAGCCAAGCAUCUGAUCCUGAGAGUGUCUGAGUG